AUGAAACCGGAUAACACAAUUGGUGGUAUUGAUGAUGUUAUGCUUUUUUGGCAAGGAGUUGAAGGAGAACGAUACAUCAUGGCUAGCCAAAGUGUUUUGGAAGAGAUAUUCACUGCUGAGGAAAUAGUUGUUUUCGAGAGAAGCCAUAUGGAGAGGGCAAAGAAAGUGGCUGCUGCUGGGCAGGGAUUCGAAACAGAACGUACGGUGGCACCAAUGUCACUUAAUACAGAAGGGGACAGUGUGGCGUGGACUUCUAGCUUUACAGCGGCGGUGGGACAUCUAAACUUAGUCACGCCAAGUAAAGAAGUUUCGCAGGAGCAAGUCAUAGGGUUUGAGACACCAAACAGUAAUCCCCAAUGCUCACAGCAAAAGACAAUAGAUAAGGGGAAAGGGAAGGUCGUAGAUAGUGACCUUGGAGACAUGCCUUCCCUGCAGCUAACAAUGGGGCGUAGCUCUGUUAGUGCCCCUAAUGAGCAUCAAGAAGACACAGAGCCAUCCGAUGACGACUCUUCAGAUAGUAGUUUGUUUGGUGGUGAUGGUUUCAAACACGAAAAUGAGGUUUACGUCGGCAUGAUCUUCAGAAUAGAAUGUAAUGGUCGGUCUUGUCCGUGGCGUGUUUAUGCUGUGAAAAUGGGAGGAUCAGAAUGGUACCAAGUUAGGCGUGUCAGACUUGACCAUUCAUGCACGAUUGACGAGAGGGGUGACUUCCAAAGGCUGGCUACUAGCUCUGUGAUAGAAGAUAUGAUGAGGUCAACGUACAACGGAAUGGGAGCAGGCCUUAGACCAGCUAGAGGGUCAACCGGUGCAUCAGACAACUCAUUGCAAACGUAUCUCGAAAAGAUUGUUCUUGGUAAUCAGGGGACUAUAGUGGGACUGGAGACAAUUUACGACGAGGCUAAGACUUGCAGCUGUUGCGAGUUUCAAAAGUUGGCAAUCCCAUGCAGUCAUGGUGUAGCCGCUGCUUUACGAGCAAAAGUGAAAGUCGACUCACUCCUUGCGGAUGAAUACACAAACCGAUACCUAAAGAUGGCAUACAGUCAGAGCAUUUAUCCGACAGCUGAUGUCCCAACAGGACUGCGUACUACUAUCGCUGAUCUUAAGCUGCUUCCACCAUCGAUAAGACGCCCACCCGGAAGGCCACGCAAAACACGAAUCACAUCUCGUGGGGAGAUCCGGAUAACAACUACCUUGUCGUGGUAA